AUGAACCCUCACCAGAAGAACAAGAUCGACGUCAAGUCGCUCUCCCCCGAGGAGCAGCGUCUCUUCCGUCUUUACGGCAAGCUGCCCUCCCGCUCCGACCACUUCGCCAAGCACCUCAAGGACCGAAAGUACUUUGACUCGGGCGACUAUGCCAUGUCCAAGGCCGGCAAGGGCGACGGUGUCGACGCCGGCGCCGUCGGCUCUCAGCACCCCGUCCCCGAGAACAUCCCUCACCUCUCGUCCCCCAUCAACGGCUCAGGCAACGUCCCCAAGCACGCCCACCACGGCUCCAUCCCCGGCAUCCAGGCUGGCAGCCCCAUCAAGGAGAGCAGCUUCCUCAAGAGCGAGACCAGUGCCGAGGAGGGCCAGGCUGACGGCGCCGCGGCCGAAGCCGACAAGGACAAGAACGCCGAUGCUGCCGUUCCCGAGCCCGUUGCUGCCAGCGGCGAGGCCAUCCCCAUCCGACGAUAG